UAAACGUCAUUUACGAGUCAACCUAACCUCAAAUUUUUAUGUGUUUUAGUCACAGUACAAAGUCGUUUUAGUUUUGUUUAUUUUCCUUUGAAUGACCGUUUGGUUUAAUUUUUUUUGCGUUGAAGCUUUUUGUAGUGGAUUGUUUUUACAAGAUUUCUACUUGUGGGUGUACUUUAGUUAUUUUAUAUAAAAAAAUAAAAUCAGAAUUUGGCGUUAUGGCAUCCUUCCCAAAUUUUCCAAAAGACUAUACAUAUGCAUGGAGUGAUACUAGCAGUGAUGAAAUAAUAACAGUAAAAGUAAAGGAGAUUAGUGAUGAGAUAACUGCUAAGGAGUGGAUACAAAAGUGGUCGGAAGCAACUCUGAUGACCUGGAGAGUUAUGCGAACCUAUCCUAACUCUGGCAAAAUUAAUGUUUAUAAGGUGGACUUGAGGUGUCAGCAUAACACUGACAAAAGAACUCAAGGUGUAAGAUCUACCAAAAAUACAAACUGUCCAGUUACAUUAUCAAUUGUUGUAAGAAGUUUUUGGAAAUAAAUCAAACCUUUCCCUCUUCGGGAGCCUAAGCCUUCAUCAUCGGUGAUGACAAGGCAGGAAGGACAUGAUGGAUGCAUCUCAACAUCUACAACAAGUCAACAGCUGUACCAUCCGCCAUCAAGAAGAUCUGCUUACCGUCAAAUACCACAAGCCAUACAUAAGUAUAACUCAGAAUUGUUAGCUUUCGGCAAGAUUUUGAAUAUAUAUGUUACUGAAUUUUUUAAGUUAUAUUUUAUUAUAUCUUUGUUGUUAAAUAAACAUGAGUAGUUAGAA